UUAACGGUCAGGUCAUAGACAGUCCGCAUUGUUUAUUGGAGAGGUGAAUUAUAAUAAACGGAGUGUAAAACUAUCCUCUUAGCUACGUCAGUGACGUACGUCCCGGCAGUAGAUACCUGUUAGUGAAAGCAUUAACAAUGCUUUAUAAUAAUGUAAUCAGCUGGCGAUAAGUGCAAUCAGUGUUUAAGAGCGCGCUGACCGGUCUUGCUUCAGUUCCGUGAUAAGACAGACCUGUAUCAACACACUUGGCAGGGACAGCGAGAGUGCCGAGGAAGCCAUAUACCCAAAACAUUUCACUUCUAUCGGACCAGGGUUUUAAAACAAGCUCAGUUUGUGUCAGAAUACCCACGUUUGAACGCCAUUACAAUGACCCCCAAAACAACACUUACCUGUAACAUGUAAUCGCUGAUGAUAAAUGAUAAUAUUGUUCCACCUGAAGAACGAUUAAGGGUUUAUAAGGUCAGAGCCCUGCUCAUAUCUUCUUCGGAGGCAAUUGAUCGUAAAAUUGUUUUUUCGCGUGGUAGUGGUCAGUGGUAAUACACAGUGAGGUGGGGUAGAGUGAAAGUAGGACGGCUCCGGGACAAACUUAUAGUACCGAUCUGUUCAGUGUCGCUAUUGUAUUUUCAGACGGUACUUAUAAAUUGUUGAUAUUCAACCCGGAUCGACCACGGACUGAAUGUAGUGACAUACAAUCCAACAAAACAGGAAAAAGGGAUACAUGCAAUUGCGUCAUUGAUGCAUGUGGUGUAAUCGUGUGGAAUAUGUUGCCGUAACUUAUAAUAUUUUUGGAAUAGCAUAUCAAAAUUAGUAUUGAACAUUUUUCAACACCUUCGAGUAAUACCUCUUGUGAUUAAAAUAAUGGCGAAGCCAAAGGCCCAGUUGGGUCUAGAUACUGAGUACGACGCCCUCAGACGACGGAUGAGUCGCAUCCGAGUAAAGGAAGGCCAGAAGCCGACAGCAGACGAUAUGGACAUAGUAGAGGAGGAGGAGGAUCAAAAUUUUAAAGAUCUCAUUAAAUUCUGGAAGAAACAUAAUGUUGGCUUCGCGAAGGAAAUGAUGAAAAUGGUAGAAUCGAAUAAAGCCAAGAAGGCAACAAAAACGAGGGGCAGAAGGAAGUCAAUUGAGUUCGAGGACUUGGACCAGACACCCUCUGGAGAGUUACGCUUACCUGUACAUAUGACAUCAAAACAAGGUAAAAUUCCUGAGGAAACUGACGAGGAUACAGACGACAUCCCGUCGAUAAGACGGCCGCGGAAAGCAUUGUCACAGAAACAGCGCAGCUUCACGUCCAGUCGGACCAACUCUAGAUCCAACAUGGGAGGAGACACAGGUUCUCCCCGAACGGACGGACAGACAAAGAAACACGUGUUCCGCAGGGCUGAAUCUGAAAACUUGACUUCGAAGCUGCCCUCAAAUCCGAAAGUGGUUCGUGAGAGGAUAGCUUCCGAGUCCAGCGGUACCCGAGCGGGGUCAGCCAAAACAGUGAAAAAGAAAUAACAGCCGACAUACUCUCCUUUAUGUUACUUAUAUAUGUUUAAUGUGGUUCAUCCGUCCAUGGUACACUGUGAUGAGGGUUGCAAUAGACUUAUAUGUCAAGGUUAUUCACUGUGAGGAGUUCGUUGUAAAUAUCGUUAUUGUAGUAAUCAGUAAAGGAUAUGUUAACAAACACAGUCUUGGUUUUGUGUCUGAAUAUUUAAAGUAAACUAUCUAAUAUUGUGGGUGAACAUUUAUAUCAAAACAUCUAUUUUUUCCGUUGUUAUUUAUCUAUUCGUUUUAUGUGUGCUCUCAUUGAUGGUUCGCUGUAUACUAAACGUUUGAGUUCAAUCAUUCCUAUACUUCCCGUACAACAAUGUAUGAAUGACAGGGAGGGUUAAUACGUUGAUGAAUUCUCUGAGUUGGUAUUCAUGGUUUGACUACAGCUACUGCAACUACCGGGAUGUGUUACCAGAGUCUCUGUGUAUUGUUCUGGUUUAUAAAACAAUAAAAAAUGUAUACUGCGCAAUAUUAAUAUGAUACUUUGUUAUAAUAUAUAUGAAAGAAUUAAGAUUUUGUCGUCGGACUAUUGAGUGGAGUAAAGCUGAGGUAUUUGUGAAAUGUGUAACUAGACAUAUGUAAGGAUAAUACGAUAUCUUAAUAUGUAUUUGAAUAAACAUUCAUUUCAC